AUGGGGGCGAGGAUGAAGAAAGAGCAGAACAAGAAGAAAGGGGUUAGGGCUGAGCAGGGAGUGGCAGAGGGCAGUCUAGAGGCAGCCAGUGUUGGACCGGAGGAGACCUCUCAGUCGGGUCACAUAUCCGACGACGGGAGCAGUGCCGGCGGUGAUUGUCGAGCGUGGGUGACUUGGCUAGUAACGCUCGCUGCGCUGGCCUCCCAAUCUGAUACCGCUGGGCCCAUUGCAGCGCGGGUGCAUAACCCUUUCACAAUUGCAGUGGAGAGCGAAGCAUCCACCAUUUCGCUUGGGAACGACCGGUCGACGAGGUUCAUGCGACUCUGGCGGCCAAACGGCUGGCAGGGCGUCUGGCAAGCAGGCGUGCAGCAACGAAUCCUCCGUGCAUGGCCCUUGGUAUGGAUGGUGCAAGCAGGCAGAGCCGGCCACACAUGCACACAGACACGGCAUCGCAACGGGGCCCGGCGGGGGGGCCAGGCAGGCUGCGACGGCAUCCAAAGCCACACAAUGGGCCCGGCUAGUGCGGCGGGCUGUGGAGCGACAUUCGAAGGAAGGGCGGUAGCAGUAGCGCAAGGUAGCAGACGUGACGAAAAGCGGCCUGAGUUCAGUCGCUUACGCCGGCAAAAAUUUGGCGUCGUGCACGGGGACACGCCCCGCGCUACCUACUUGCGCAUGCCUGUCGGUCACUGUCUGUCGGUGUCUGCUCUCUCGUCUUGUUCUGGCGGCGAUGUUGUUGCUGGUGCUGUGACUGUGCAUGGGCCGGCAGCCGUGUGUGUAUUUUUAAACCCUGCAGCCAGCUCCCGGCUCCCAGCAACCAGCUCCCACCACCCAUCAGGCAGCACACCACGCCCGUCACUGACGGACGGCCAGGCCCUGGGCAGCCGACGUUUCACGCCCUCCCUCUUGCUCCUCCACGUCGGACCACCGUCGGCCAUUCACUCCUGCUCACCACUCGCGACGGCCCCAGGCAGCGCCCUGCAACGACAGUUUGAUUGCAUUUCAAAUCACGACUCGUGUUUGUCAAUCAAGCCGGCCUCUUGCUUCCGACGUGGUUGGACAAGCACGCAAGAAACAUGUCCAACAGGCGAGCACACUGGGCCUAGCUGUGGAUCCACUCGCUGGCCGUGGCAGACGCCUACAACAGCCAUGCGGCUAAACGGCCGUGCUGAUGCUCGCCAUACGCCUUCGUAUUGGACCUACACACUCCUGUAUGCUGACUUGGGAGGCAUAGCUGCUGCUGAUGGGCCCUCUGCCCAAGCCCUCCUUGCCGUGACAGUGACGCAGGGGCGGACAGUCUGUGUCGGGGAGUCAGACCACGACGGCCCGCACACCAUCUCGCUCCAACACCAAGUCGAGUACUAG